AUGAAGCCUCACGUGAAAUUUGACUUCAUCACUCUGCAUUAUAUUUGGAUCAUUUUUAUGGGGCUGCUGAGUCUCGUUGUAAUCUACCCGAUGGGCAAUGUUGCGGCUAUUGACGCAUACUUUUUCGGUGCGAGUGCCUCUACUGAGUCUGGCUUGAACACUGUCGAUCUCAAGGAUUUACAAACUUACCAGCAGCUUUACCUAUACUUCAUCCCCAUCUUCACCAAUCUAGGUUUCAUCAACAUCGUGGUCGUUAUUGUACGACUUCAUCGUUUCCAUCAAUCCAUUCAAAAAAAGGCAUCCUCGCUAGCCCAUCGAGACAGAAUGCCUGGCUCGCAAAUGGAUCUUGAGCAAGGACCUACCGAUCAGCAGCCCCAAACCUCAGAGGCCAAUGAAAAGUUAGAGGUUGAGACCGAGCCAAAACCUCUAGAACAACGCACUGCAGCAAGAAUUACAUUCGUUGCAGACCUGGCGGCGCCUAGUAGUGAAAGCAAAGCACUUCACAUCCCACCACCUCGAGAAAGGGAUAAUGGGUAUCCUGUGGUAGAACGCGACAUCCUAAGCACCGACGACAAUGCCAUUCAACCGAUCCCUCAGGGCUCAAAUCGGAUGUCCAGCUUCCGCCGCCGGUCUAUAGACGCAGGCCAUCGACUCUCAAACGCUAGAUCUUUAGAGCGUGCUGUUUCAAGCAUGUUUGUAUUGCGACCGGAUCGCAGUCACGACAGAACCACAGCAGGGACUGGAUCCACACCAAAUGUUGUAAAACAACUUCCUCAACUCUCCAAGCAAGCAACCAUCGGACGCAACUCUCGCUUCCGCAACCUCACCAUUCACGAUCGACAGCUACUUGGUGGUAUCGAGUACCGAAGCCUGCGAUUAUUGCUGAGGAUUGUUUCUGUUUACUUUUUUGGAGUACACAUUUUUGGAGCCAUAUGUCUUGUCCCGUGGAUCCAUCGAGCAGAUAGCAAGUACACUGAGUAUCUCGAUUCGAUCGGGCAAGAUAAGACCUGGUGGUCAGUCUUUAUGCACAAGCGCGUGGUCUUGAGUGACAUAGUUGACGUUUGA